GGCGUCGCAAGAUACCUUCAGUCAGCCGAAUGCAGUCAAAGCACCGCGAACAACUUAUGUAAUAAUACUACAAUGACUCGCAGACAGAUCGGACAGAUGCAAAACAGCUGGCGAUGUAUAUAUCAGCAAAAUAUGAGCAACGCAAGGUCUACGCCAAGCCGCGCAAGCUGUGGCCCAGCCAUGCCAAUCCAGAUCGUUUUCGGGUCCCGUCCUUGGCGUCGAAUUGAAUCGUGGCAAUUACGUGGGCAUCAUUUGCUCUCCUAAAUUACGAAAGUGUGUCCAUAAAGGUGUUUCAGCGUUGGCAUCAGUUAUUUUGUGCCCAACAGUGUCAACUGGAUAUGGCAUUGAGCCGGCUACGAUAAGAGGCUUGUGUUCUGGUUGUCAGGCAUUUGUCUAGGCAAGCUACUGAGCGCCGGUUGUGCUCCGACGAACGCGUUAGGUGUUCAGUGUGCUAACGCCUUCUUGUGUGUGUUGUGGGAACUGUGACACGAUGAACAUUAACCAUUUUAACGCAAUGAAAACUACAACAGUGAUCUUUGUUAUCGUGCUAUUGCCGUGUACUUUGUGCGACGAUUAUUACAAACUCUUGGGCAUCGAACGAGACGCAGACAGCCGUGACAUUAGGCGAGCAUUCAAGAAACUAGCUCUGAAGUUUCAUCCCGAUAAGAACCAAGGUGACCCGGAAGCGCACGAUAAAUUCGUCAAGAUCAACAAGGCGUAUGAAGUGCUAAAGGACCCUGACGUUCGGAAGCGUUACGACACUUACGGAGAAGAAGGAUUGGACGGUGACCAAAGUGGGUGGGGACGGCAAUACCACAGCUGGAACUACUAUUACGAAAAGUUCGGCAUUUACGAUGAUGACCCCGAAGUGGUGACAUUGAGUAGAAAUGACUUUCAGAGCUCAGUAGUUGAAUCGGAGGACGUCUGGUUUGUUAACUACUAUUCUCCGCAAUGUUCGCACUGCCACCACCUUGCUCCCGCCUGGCGUCAGCUGGCAAGAAGUUUCGAAGGAGUUAUUCGGAUUGGCGCAGUAAAUUGCGAAGAAGAUUGGCAGUUGUGCAGACAGGAAGGCAUACACGCAUUCCCCUCACUGAUCUUCUAUCCAGAGAGGGAAAAGUACGCCGGUUCUAGAGACUUUGAUGAUUUGAAUGAUUUUGUGUUGCGUCGGCUUCCAGACCUUGACAUUGAUAUAUCAGAGACAGGCCUCCUGCAUGCAGAAGCCAGCUCAUUGCUCAGAUCAGUAGUAGUUGCUUCCUGUACUAGCACCGACAUGUGCUUAGCAAAUGAAGAGCUCAAGAAAUUGGCCGUUGCACUUAAUGGCCUUGCUUAUGUCUCCCUUCUUCAUUGUAGCAAAGAGGCAGCACUGUGUAAGAAGUUAGGAAUCAGUGAUGGAGUAUACUUUUUUGAAGCAGCAACUAGCGAGCUUAAAAAGCCUCGAGAAUUAGAGGGGAGUGAUGCCUCUGAAUUGCGAAAAGCUGUUCUGAAAGAGCUUCCUAGUUUUGAGCCAAUAACAUCGGAGCUCUUCAAUGGCCUGAUUCAGCAGCUAGAUGGCAGUGAUGAGUCAGAACCAUGGCUUCUACAUUUCUUUAAAAGCAAACAGCUUGAUACUGCUGCACAGCUAGAGCUAAAACAUAUAAGAGGUUACAUUCAGUCUGUGCGUCUGGGCUCUGUUGACUGCAGCCAAGAGAUAGAUGUUUGCGUUCAAUUUUCAGUUACAAAAUCCCCUGUCUUCAUCCUCCUGAGAUCUAGUGGUGAAUAUGAAGUAUAUCAUGGUCGUGUUAAUGCACGAGAUUUGGCUUCCUUUGCAAAGGAAAGUGCAGGGAGUCGUUUGCAGGCUUUAACUAUUGCAACCUUUGAGAGAAAGGUGCUGAAGGGCAGAACUACAUGGUUGGUUGAUUUUUUUGCACCUUGGUGUCCACCAUGCAUGCGAACACUUCCUGAACUGCGAAAGGUAUCUCGUUCUUUUGAAGACACGAUGUUUGGUGUUGUUGAUUGCACUUCAGAUGCUUCACUCUGCCAAAGCAAUGGGGUCAGUUCGUAUCCGAGCCUUGUUUUAUUUCAUAACGGUUCAACAACAUCUCUGAGUGGCUACAGGACUGCUGCAGAAAUCAAGGAAUUCAUUGAAAUAUCACUUGACCCAAAAGUGAUAAAGCUCAGCCCUGAAACAUUCAAAGAGCUGGUAGAAAGCAAAAGUGAAAAUGAUGUUUGGGCUAUAGAUUUUUUUGCUCCUUGGUGUGGACAUUGUAAGAAAUUGGCACCUGAGUGGAACAAAUUUGCCAAGGUAGUGGCUAAUGAGGUGAACAUAAAUGUUGGCCAACUUGACUGUGAUGCCCACAGACAGUUCUGUGCUGAACAUGGUGUGCGCUCCUAUCCCCAUCUUCGUAUCUAUCCUCGUGGACAGUUCAGCAGUCGUCAUUACUCGACAUUCAAUGGCUGGUCGAGAGAUGCAGCGUCUUUCAGGGACUGGGCAAUGCAUUUCCUUCCUAGCAGUGUUGAAGAACUCGAUCAUCAUGGUUUCUACAAGGAUGUUCUUGGCGACACUACACCGUGGCUUGUAGACUUCUAUGCUCCAUGGUGUGGCCACUGUGUGUCAUUCAGGCCUGUGUUUGAAUCGGUCGCAAAAAAGUUUGAAGGCAGAGUAAAAUUUGGUGCUGUAAACUGCGAGGAGCACUGGCAUGCUUGUGACGCAGCACAAGUACACCGUUAUCCUACGGUUAUGUUCUUUGUUGGUAGGACUACUAAGAUUCAAUCUGCUGUUGGUAACGUAAUUCACAAUCAUAGAGAGGCCGACUUAGUAAACACAUUAGAGUUAUUUCUAAAACAAAAACUGAGGUCUAAAAGAAUUGAUGACGAGCUGUAAAAUGAAGCCUAUUGUUUAACAUCUGGAAGGAGGGUAUGUGUACUUUAUGGUCAUGUACAUAAUUUUACUGCUGUGAAAAAACCUUCUCUACAAGGUUUUCCCUUUGCUGCACUCCAAGAAAGCAGCAUGUGUUUCAGAUGUUUUUACUAAUUGAUCAUGUUUGGAUUUUGCCUAGUCAUUUUUAAAGCACGUUGUGCAAGGAAAGGCAAAGCAGUGAUAUUUCAUAUUUCUGCCUAAGUGCCAGAAGAACAGUGGAAAACUUUAUUCUAAGGCUGCACAAGCAACUGGAUAAAAUGUGCAAUUCACAACUUUUCAUACAGAUGUGUCCAUGUUCACAAAUGCAAAACAGUUUUACUAGUUUCGUGCAGUGGUGGUGACAAGAAGAAAGUCACAAGCAUUAAAUUCAUGUAAAUUUGACCGUCUGCUUAACCUUUGUGCCUCUAUUUUACUUCAUUUUACAGUAAUUUUAAUGAAGGCACUGCCAUCACAAAAACUUUGACAUUCUGUGUUUCAUUACCAUUGGAAUAGGAGCUUUCCCAUUCUAAUAUUUGGAGUUCACAAUUGACCAUGUUCUGAGCAGGCAGUCAGUUUUGUUUUGUUAAAAGAAAAAGACAUCACUGGCUUCAUUAUGGAAUGAGAUUUCAUUGUUCUGUUGUAUGUAAUAACCACAAGCCACACAAGUUGUUAUUCCGCUGCCUCAAAAGAGUGUUAUCAAAACAAUCUAAAAUAGGUAUUGCUUCCUUUUAUAGAUUAAAUGUUUGAUUAAAGAUUUGAGUAAAAACCAGCAGUAAUCUUGUGACUCAUUAGAUAAUGAUGGAGUUGGGAAACUCAGAAGCAUACUUUAAAUGAUUUGACUAUAACAUUCUGAUCAAAUGUCACCAAACUCUGCUCAUUCCCAUCAUAUUAAAGAAAGCAUGCCAGUGUCUAUAUGAUGUCAUAUGUACAUUUUUAAUAGAAUCUUACAAGUUUGGAAUGCAUUUACUUAGUAAGGGUUAAUUUCACACUUUCAAUAGUAAUUACCACAAGAGUUUAGAAACAAGAGCUGUGACGAAAAUUGCACUACAGCACAACAUAAAAAGUGCAUUCUGCAAUUGUGUAGUUACUGAAAAAUAUCAUUUAGCUUAGCCUUCUCGAUAGUGGCAGACAUUGACACAUACAUGUCAAUGGGAGGGAAUUCUUGCCAUAAAUGUUACUGUACUUUUUGCAUGAGGUCAUAAAUAUGCUCUCAUCUUGUUUUCAAGUCACCUGCUCGUGUGGUCAACUAUUUUCCUUAUUCCAACACUGAGAUUUUGUUUGUGUAUGUGGUGUGCAGCCAAGGUAAUUGUUUCUUGAAGCACAAAGGGAUCAAUGGCGGGCACAUCAUUACUUUCUAGAUGGAGCCUCCAACAUUCUUGCCUUGUCACAGACUAUACAGACCACCGUUCUUGCCAGUUUCAUGUUGCGUAUAGUCUCAGCUUUAUAUGUAAACAUUCUGUGCAGAUGCAAUUUUGUGCAUUUUGUAUGCAUUACUUUACGUGACUGCAGAGCUGCUGUUUCUCUGCAGGUUUACACUGAUACUCACAAUAAUUUUACACUAAUAUUUUUUUGUGUAUCCUGUGUACACAUUCUUUUGCAUUUGUAACAGCCAGCGUGUGGACUGGAGAAGAAGACCGUAGAUGGGAAUAAAUUUUUGUCCUCAGUU